ACGACCUCGCUUCUCUUCGGUUUUUCUCGCUUCUCUUCGCAGAAGCUUAAAGAAAUGGAAGCUUUAUCGUACAAGCUUUUAGCUUUUUCUCUCUUCUCUUUUUUUUUCUUCUCUUUCUUUCUAUCGAGCGAUUUUUUCUACUCCGUCGUCCCCGAUCCUUACCUCUGCACCACCACCACUGUCGCCGUCAGCCCUCCUUUGAUCAUGAGGCCUGGGCUUUUUGGUCAUUCCACGGGCUUAUGCCUUUUUCUUUCUCAAUCUCUCUCGAUUUCUUUCUUCUUGGCUUCUUCGGUGCUUUUUUUCCCCUCCCGACGGUGUUUUGUUGAUCCAUGUGCUUUAUCUUCGGCUUUGAUGGAUUUUUGUGUGCAGACAAUUUAUGUAGGUCCCUGUCAUUUACUCCUUCAUAUACUUAUUGCUGCGUCCUUUUAUCGACGUUGACCCUUGCGUGGUCUGUUUUGGUACUUGCGGUGAUAUUGGCAGCAUUUGAGGUUUUUUUAAGAACUAUUGUUGGCACUGGAUGUAUGAAUUUGCAAUCGCAAUAUUAAUGUCCAUUGUUUACGGUUUAUUAUCUAUGUUCGCAUAAACUUUUGCUAUACUAUUGAUAGAUAUCACUGAUGUAAAGAGCUGAGAAAAAUUCUCUUUUGCUGCCAGCAAAUAUUAGUAAUCAUACUUUAUUUUCAGCUGUUUUUUCUAUAUGGCGAUGAUGAUCACAUUCCAUUCUGACAGAGUGAGUUCCAUCUAAUUUGUUCAAAAACUGCUUUCAA